AAUCGGCCGGUUGCUUCACGAUCGUUAAGUUACGAAAGACAGUGCUCCGUCAGGCGAGACCACGGAAAUCUUAUUCGACAGUGCCCAAUUCCUGUUUUCGCAAACUGUUUUCGACAUUUACAGAUUCGCAAACAGAACGGCAGCAAACUUCACGUAUGUUGGAGGAACGAUACAAGUCAGCAAGUGAUCCAAAGAGGGAAAGAGGACUGUAUCUGUGGACAGUUAAAGGGGGUGUGCAGCCCCGGUUACUUGGAUACAAGUCUGAUUAUUAUAUUUGACAAUAAACGUUAAUUUGUACUAUAUGAAUUGGAAAUAAUACAUUAUCAAUAUGGGAGGAUUACUCAGUUAUUUUCGUAAUUUGCUUGGCAGUCGGGAAAUGAGAAUUUUAAUCCUGGGUUUGGACGGUGCUGGGAAAACUACGAUCUUAUACAGAUUGCAGGUGGGAGAAGUGGUUACGACUAUUCCUACCAUAGGGUUUAAUGUAGAACAAGUUACAUAUAAAAAUCUAAAGUUUCAAGUGUGGGAUCUUGGUGGACAAACUAGUAUACGACCAUACUGGAGGUGUUACUAUUCGAACACGGAUGCAAUAAUUUAUGUCGUCGAUUCAGCAGAUAAAGAUAGAAUAGGCAUAUCAAAAGACGAAUUAAUUUACAUGUUGAGAGAAGAAGAAUUACAAGGAGCAAUUUUGGUGGUCUUAGCAAAUAAACAAGACAUGGCAGGCUGUUUAAGUGUCGCAGAAGUGCAUCAAGCACUCGGAUUAGACGCUCUCAAAAACAGAACGUUCCAAAUCUUUAAAACAUCCGCGACGAAAGGUGAAGGGCUUGAUCAAGCGAUGGACUGGUUGUCGAACGCACUGCAAAGUAAAAAAUGAUUAAGAUUAUUAAAGAAUUUUUUUUACCCAAGCCUUACUGAGAAGACUAGUCACACGACUGUCGUUUCGAAUGACCCACACGGAGCUGGGCGCCUCAUUAUGUUUAUUUAUUAUAUUUUAAAUAGCCUUACAAUUUCCAUUGAACAUAUAUUCUAAGAUUUACUAUACCUUUUCAUAUUGUGAAACAGAGAAUAAAACUGAACCAAAAGUUUUAUCUUUCUUACGUGAUUCAAAAUGUAAUAAAGACAACUAGAAAAUCUUUCGAUUCAGAUAAAUAUUCUUUUUUGUAUCAGCAUGUAGCAUUUUAUCGUCAUUACAGUUUAUCUCUUGUUAUUUUUAUAACCGUAAAAGUAAUCAGGGAUUUUAGUUACAACACAAAGCAAUACAACAUAACUUCAACAAGUUUUUUAAUAAAAAGUUCUAGAAAUCAAGUGUGCUACCGUAAUUAGCAAUGAGAAACAUAGUGUAUAUUGAUAUAAAUAUAUCACUUUUACUAUUACACUAAUCAAGGCUAUCAUUCAUAGAUAUUUCAGUGAAAUUGGAAAUUGUUUAACGUGUCAAUAUUUUUGACAUAGUGUGUGAAUAAUUGUGUACAUAUAUGUAACUGGUUUAAUUUCAUUCAUAUAAUAUAAGACCCUGAAAUGUAAAAAAUUCUUUUAUGUAAAAAAGAAUGCCACAUGCAAAACGGAGAAACAUGAUUCGCAUAAUUGAGACACAGAAUUAAGUUUAUUUAAUUCUUUGCACUUGUUUUAUGAAAAGAAACUGAUGCUGCCCCACAUAUUCGUUUCAAAAUAAUAAUAACCCACAAAAUUGAAAUGUACGUUAUUAAUUUUUGUUCAAAGCCGAAAGUAUGUAUAAUCUUAAUUACUUCAGUUUACAUACCAAAUAAUAAUGGAUAAUAUAUUUAAGCAUAUUGAUCACAUGCAAUUACUGAACAGUGUAUCGGAGAUUUGAUAAUUUAUGUAUUUAAAGUAAAUAUAGAUACUGUUUCAUAAUCAA